GAUUGAUCAUAUGGAGAACGUCUUUCGUCGUAAAAGAUAAUUAUUUUUAAAACAUCUGGGAAACAUGGCGGAUUACGAAUCAGAUUCUUCGGGCGAGCCUGACGAUUAUACUGAGACAACGACGCUUCUUGGCUACGCUUCAAAGGAGCCCACAGAUGAUUCCUUCAGUCAACUCGGUGGUCGUCCAACUUGGUUGGAUGGAAAAACGGCCCCCUCUGCAGGACUUGCGCGAUGCAAAGUCUGCAACAGUUUCAUGAACUUGUUGCUUCAGAUCAAUGGAGAUCUGCCUGACAAGCUGGCCGGUCACGAGCGAAGAUUGUACCUGUUUGGAUGCCGUAGAAAAACAUGUCGUCGAAAGGAGGGCAGCAUCAGAGGUUUCCGAGCGAGCAGAAUCUUGAAAUCGCAACCAAAGCCGUCUGCGACGCCGUUGCAUGCCGCUGAAGUGAAACCCGAAGUGAACCUUGGAAACCAGCUCUUUGGCGGAACUUCAAGUGCGGGGGGGAGCGGUGGUAACCCAUUUUCCAGCAAUCCGUUCUCGUCUAGUGGCGCAUCGAACCCAUUUGCCAGCACUUCAGGGCUGGCAGCUCAGCCUGCUCAGAAGCCCGCGUCGCAUGAUCUUUCGGAAACGUUCGCAUCAAAAGCCAAAAUAUCGGAGUCUCAAACGUCGCUGGACCCGUCCUUCAAACCGGUGCAGCCAUUUGGUCCGCCAGAACCUUGGCCAGCGGAUUCAUCUUUUCCUCCUGCGUACCCAGCUUAUCACUUGGAUGCGGACUAUGAAACGCUGGAUAAGCCGAAAGAUAUAGACAUUCCUCGCCCUACGCAAACCCUAGAGGACACUGAGAUGGGCGGUACGUCAUCAUCCGACGGCGCGGCGGAAGACAAGCAACUCUUCGAGUCGACCAUGGACAAGACGUUUCAAAAGUUUGCUGACAGACUUGCUCAAAAUCCCGAGCAGGUGCUACGGUACGAGUUUAACGGACAGCCGUUGCUAGCUAGCGUCACAGACACAGUCGGCAAGCGUCUAGCGCCAGAUCACAAAAGUAGUGGCCUUUCAAAAGUUGGCACCGCAAAGCAGGGGAGCGGAAUACCACGCUGCACGACUUGUGGCGAGGAGAGAGUAUUCGAGUUACAGCUCACCCCGCACGCGAUCACCGAGUUGGAGGCGGACGAAGACGGUUUAGACGGUAUGGAUUGGUUGACCAUUAUCUUGGCUGUAUGUUCGAAGGACUGCGUUCCAGCAGGAACACCCGACGGAGCUAUAGGUUACGUAGAAGAGUGGGUUGGCGUUCAAUGGGAAGAGCUAGCUGCGAAGACACGGUGAUACCUUCUGGUUGGAUGUUCAGCUGCUUAGCUAUAACGACAAGACUCGUACCAAGUAUGACCUUGUACACGGUGUGACGCAUAAGACGCUCGUUUCUCACUGGAAA